AUGUGUUUCACCCCUCUGCCCCUCCAACCAGAUGAUACAAACUGUGGUGAUGUCCUGACCAAGAAGAAACUCGACCCACACAGGAAUCGUUGUCACGGCGCAACUUUCACGUGUAUUGACUGCAUGACCUAUUUUUACGGGACUGACUACCGAUCUCACACAACUUGUAUGACCGAGGAACAAAAGUACCAGGGAGCUUUGUACAAACCUAAGAAACAGAAGUCCAGUCAUCCCGAACCCGUGGCAGCACCAGGACCGGUACCAAAGAUGGCACAGCGCGCAUACGUUGAAGAUGUCACAGAGGAGUAUGAGGCUUACCGCGACUAUGAAGUCCAUGAUUCCGACGACAACAGGUCGGCGGCCGAUUUCCCACCAGAGGCACCUACGCCGCCGCCUGCUGUCGACAACAGUGUAAAUGUGUUCGACUUCCUUGUUGCAGCUACCCCAACUGCCUCCAACCUCAACUUGCCGGCCAGCGCUGAGGAGACACAACUCGUACGCUAUGAGAAGGAAGAGACAUCAUAUGUCGACCCUGAGGGCUACAUGGUUGACGAUGAGGAUAUGGUACAAUAUGGUGCAGGUCCUAUCCCUUCUCAAUACCAGACACCAGCACCGAAAACCAGCAAGAAGACCAAGGAUGGCGACAAGAAAGAUCGAAAGCGCAAGCGACUACACAUUGAGACCAACAGCCCCUUGGCUAUUGACAACGGACCUGGCGAUGCCGAGAUGACGGAUGCGCCACCCCCGGAGCUGCACUCUGGCCUUACUGGAGGGCUCAAGGGGCUCAUGCGACAAUCGCAGUUUCCACCUUCGCCCGAUUACUCAGGUGGUGAUGGCGGUGAGAAAUCUCCUUCCAGCCCGAUCAAGAAGUCCAAACAUCACAAAUCGAGCAAGCCCAGCAGAACAGAGAGCUUCGGUAGCAACUUGAAGGCGUUGAUGUCAGGCACAUCGAAGACAACAACCAAAGUAUCCAAAAAACGAAAGCACUCCUCGGAGCGAAAAGAAAAGAAGAAGCGUCACCACAAGUCAGAUGGCGAAAAGGCACCCAAGUUAAUCGAGUACCGACCUCAGACAGCUGAUGGCAAGGAGACUGAUGGCGCACUGGUUGUGUACAAGCCCCGGUCCGAGCUGUUCCUUGGCAUGUGCACCAAGGGCCCGGAAAGCGAGCGCGGCUAUAGCAUGAACAAAGCUUUAAAGCGCUUCCACCGCGAGCGGGAUCAUGCCGAGUCCAGUCUCGGCAAGGUCAUGGAGGAGAAGGAACUAUGGCGAUCGCUGCGGAUGCGACGUAAUGACCGGGGAGAAAUUGUACUAUUCUCCGUCUAA